AUGAAGAGAGAAAGACAUAACGAUGAUGAAAAAGAAGAUAGACUCAGUGAUUUAUCCGAAUGUGUUCUUCUUCACAUACUCUCCUUUUUGAGCGCCAAACAAGCCGUUCAAACUUGCAUUUUGUCCAAAAGAUGGAACAAUCUUUGGAAGCUUCUUCCCACCCUUAGAUUAAGUUCUUCAAACUUCGACACUCCGGAUGGUUUCACCCAAUUUACAACUAAAAUUUUGUCUCUUCGUGAUUAUUCAACUACACUAUACUAUCUCAGAUUUAGUAGCGAGGAUUUGGUAAAUCCUCAACUAUGCAUUCUAAAUCGUGCUGUUUCACAAAAUCUACAACGGCUACGUAUCUCUCUCUUAUAUUAUAAAAUACACAUUCUUGAUUGCAUUUUUUCAUGUCACACAUUAACUUCUCUUCAACUUUAUGUUCGACAUCCUAAUGCGACAACAUUAUUUCCGAAUUCCCUAAAUUUGCCGGCAUUAACCGACUUGUCUCUACGGCGCUUUGUGUUUCGUAGUGGCAAUAAUGGUCGAGCUGAACCCUUUUCAGCACUAGAAAAAUUGAAUAGUUUGUCCAUUCAGUUUUGUAAAGUUUUAGAUGCAGAAAAUCUCAGCAUAUCUAGUGCCACACUUACCAAUUUAACUAUACAAACAAAGCAGGGACGGAAUUACGGCAAAAUUGAACUAUAUACUCCAAAUCUUUAUACAUUUGCUUAUGCUGGUAUUCCUUUUGAGAAAAUAUGUGGGAGCCAUCUUUGUUCUGUUAAACAUGUAAAUAUUGAUGCAUAUAUGCGCGUGAAUAAUGCAGAGCCUCCAUCCAAUCUACUCAGCUGGCUGAAAGAGUUUACUGGAAUCAAAUCAUUGAAAGUCACUUUAACUACUCUUGAGGUUCUCUCCUUAGUUCCUAAUUUAUUGAAGGAUAAAUUUCACUUCUUGUGUAACUUGAAGUCACUGCGAGUAAAAAAGGAAGGAAUUUCAUCUGGAUUAUCCACCACACCGAUGCUUGCCAGAUUUGCACGAUUGUGUAACCAUGUUCUCUCCUUAGUUCCUAAUUUAUUGAAGGUUAUAUUUCACUCCUUGCUUAACUUGAAGUCACUGCGAGUAAAAAAGGAUGGAAUUUCAUCUGGAUCUUCCAAUACAAUGGUAGAUGGCAAAUUCGUGCGGCUGUCUGUAAGAUGCCAAGAAGAAGUUGACAAGUUUCGAAAAGCAAUAUAUAAAGAAGGAUCUCCAGCCAUACCUGAUGAUAUAGUUGUUUUUUUGCUUCAAAACUCACCUUCAGCAAAAAGUUCAUAUCAUUAA